GCUUAAAAAUUUUCAGAGAUGAAUAAAGGGUUUGGCAACAGUAAUUCAAUUGCCCCUUGUGCCAUUUUGUAUUGUUGAAUGAAUAGUGUGUAUUUUGAUGCGUUAUGUUCAAUUGAUGGGUGCUUUUGACGAUUAAUUAUGCUAAAGUAUAAUUGUUGCAAUGGGUGAUAGCGACGAAGAAUACGAUAGGCGGAGAGCGCGGGACAAAUUCCGAAGAGAAAGGAGUGAUUACCAAGAACGUGGACGUGAAGAAAGGGGAAGAAGAGAUGAUUGGUCUGAAAGAGAUGGGAGAGGUAGCAGGCGUGAAUACCGAGAUUAUGAUCCACGGAAUCGUAGAGAUCGAUACAGUCCUGCACGCCAUGACAUUAGCCCACCUAUGAAGAGAAUGAGAAGGGACUGGGAUGACCGUGGUGGUGGCUAUGGCAAUAAUUUCGAUGGAAAUUAUCCGAGUGGAGGCAUGAUGGGUGGAAUGCAUUCUGGAUGGGGAAUGCAUGGACAAAUGAAUCCUCAAAGGGAAGUUGAUUCAGGAUUAACCCAACCACCAAUGAUGACAUUUAAGCAGUUCCUCUCUUCCCAAGAUGAUGGUAUUGACGACCAGGAAGCAGUGAAAAAAUAUAAUGAGUAUAAACUGGAGUUUAAACGUCAACAAAUUAAUGAGUUUUUCCUCAAUCAUAAAGAUGAAGAGUGGUUUAAAUUAAAACAUCAUCCAGAAGAAAGUUUAAAAAGAAAGGCAGAAUUGCAUGCAGCUUUAAAGCGAAGACUUGAUGUUUUUAUGGAGCUGUAUGAAAAGGGCUGGGUAGAUGCUGUUAGUGUAGAUCAAGAAAAACAUGAGCAAAUAAUCAGGUUUCUAGAUGCAGUUGUCAUAAAAUUGGAAGGCGGUACAGACUUUGAUCUAAAAGUACUUGAUCAACCAUAUGAAGAAGAAAAACCCAAAGAACUUGUUUAUUUAUCUCCAAGUGAAAAGGAGAAGAAAGAUGAAAUUGAAGAAAAAGAAGAAGUUGUAAAAAGAAAGAAGAAAAGGAAAGAUUCCCAGAGUUCACAGUCAGGAGAAAACGAUAGCUCAGCUGAGUCUGAAUCAGAUGAAGACUCAUUAACACCUGUAAAUAUGGAAGAAAAUGAAGAAAGUCAUCUUACUGAAAAUGGUGAAACGACAAAAAAGAAGUCUUCUCGAAACAGAUCACGGUCACGUUCAGGAUCUGAAAAAGAAGACAGCAUAAAGGAUGAAAACAGCUGUGAUAAAUCAGAUGUAGUUGAAAAGGAAGACCUGGACGAUAGUUUACCUGAAAAAGAGGCUGUUAAGAAAGAGCGUAGUGUGGAACGUGAUGAAGGUGAAGAUCUGGAGAAGAGGCUAGAUGAAGAUGUAGAAAAAGAGGAAGAUGAAGGUGAAGCUGAAGAAGAGAAAAAUGAGCCAAAGCCAAGACCACUUCAUAAAACACACUCUAUUUUUCUUAGAUAUUUGGCGCCUUCUAUUACUAAGCAAGAAGUUGAAGCAUUGUGUAAGCGGUUUCCUGGUUUCCUUCGGGUGGCCAUAGCUGAUCCACAGCCUGAACGUAGGUUUGUGCGAAGAGCUUGGGUUACUUUUGAGAGAUCAGUGAAUAUUAAAGAGAUGUGUUGGAAAUUGAAUGGUAUCCGGCUUCGUGAUAGUGAACUUGGUGCUAUUGUAAAUCGAGACUUGAGCAGAAGGAUUAGGUCUGUAAAUGGGAUAUCAUCACAUAAACAAGUUGUCCGUGCAGAUAUUAAACUAGCAGCUAGAAUCAUCCAGAAUCUUGACAAAAUCAAGAAAUUGUGGGAAGAUGACGAGAAAAGUGAUGAGGUUGAUGACAGGGGUAUCCUUCUGACAUCUAAAAAUCCCUUAUUGAAAAAUAUUACUGAUUACCUCAUUGAAGAAGCCAGUGCUGAAGAAGAUGAAUUGCUUGGUAUGGGGGAUAGUGAUGAAAACAAAGAUAGUGAAGAAGGUUGUACUUUAGAAAGAGAUGAAUCUUUAAUAAAAGUUUUGGAUCGCCUUUUACUGUAUUUACGCGUUGUUCACUCUGUUGAUUAUUACAACAGCAGCGAAUAUCCCAGUGAAGAUGAAAUGCCCAAUAGAUGUGGUAUUAUGCAUGCGAGAGGAUCUCCUCCAUCUAGCAAAGUUACACAGCAAGAAAUAAAUGAUUAUAUUUCUCAUUUUGAGAUGAAGAGUCAGACUUUCUUGCAAACUCCAACUAAGUUAGAUGAAGAAGAAUGUAUAAAAUUGGGUAAAAAAGAUCCAGAUGCAGAAGUUGAAAAGUUUAUUCAGGCAAAUACUCAGGAACUUGCAAAAGAUAAAUGGCUCUGUCCUUUAUCAGGGAAAAAGUUCAAAGGUCCAGAAUUUGUUAGGAAGCAUAUAUAUAAUAAGCAUGCUGAAAAAAUAGAAGAAGUUAAAAAAGAGGUUGAAUAUUUCAAUAAUUAUCUGAUGGAUCCUAAGCGAGCGCAACUUCCAGAACAUCCAUCAAAUAGAUCAUCUGGUUCCAGAACAGAUAUGCAUAACAUGGGACAUCCAUUCCAUGGUGGUCCUUUUCCUCCUCCUAUGCCACCAUAUGGCUUUGGACCAAGAGGUCCUGGUCCUAAUUUCCCAGGGUUUGGUCAGAACUAUGGUAGAGGACCAGAUAUGUAUCGAAGUGGUGGAUAUGGGAAACGUAAUUUCCAACGGUAAUUUUGGCUUAUAGAAGUAUGACCAUAUGUUUAUAUAGAGAGAGAUAGCCUUCGAACCGAUCCAAGGGAAAUCAUUGGUUAUCACGAUGUGGAUUCUCCUCAGGAUGUGGACUAUUUUUAAAUAACCGAAAAAAUGAAGUUUGGUCUCGCUCAUAGUGUCUUUUUAGACUGGAGCCCCAACCAAUAUUUUACUUUGUACAUAUUUUUUUUCUUUUAUAAACAUUUAGUUGGGGGUUUUCUUGUGGUGACAGGGUUGAAUACAUGUGGUGAAAUAAUUUAUUCAUAAACAUAUUUAAUAUCAGUCAUUCAAAAUAAGUGUCAUAUUUAUUGUAAAUAAUUGGAAAAUACUUUAAAAUUUUUUAACGAUUUUCAUAAAUCAUGUUUGUAAUUAUGAAGUGUAUAUUUAAAUUACUUAAAGCAUUUGAAAAUGCAUUGCUUUAAACCUGUAUUGUAUACUUUUUAAAUAUAUACUAAUUUUUAAA